AUUCAAUGUUUCUUUGAAGUAUGGAAAUACAGACUCAGAGGGAAUUGUUGCAGUAAAACUUGUGGAACAAGAUAAGAGUAUGUUCAUAUGUAAGAGAAGCUGGAGCAUAAGGGAAGCCAACGUAGUCUGCUUUGACCUUGGAUUUCAACAAGGUGCUGUUGAUGUUCAAGGAAGAUUCCAUUUUCCUGAAAAUCUCCAUAUAAAUUCCACUGAAUGUCUGAAUGUGCAUUGUCAAGGAUUAGAGACCAGUUUGGCUGAAUGUACUUUUACUAAGAGAAGAAAUAAGGGUUACCAGAGUUUAGCUGGUGUGGUGUGUUUCACACAGAAUGCAGGUUCUCCAAAAAAUGAGUCCUUUCAAUGUGUGAAUGGGAAAAACAUUCCUUGGAAAAAGGCCUGUGAUGGUAUCAAUGAUUGUGGAGACCAAAGUGAUGAGCUGUGCUGUAAAGGGUGCCAAGGGAAAAGUUUCCUUUGCAAAUCGGGUGUUUGUAUUCCACACCAGCAUAUAUGCAAUAAUGAGUUGGACUGCAUUACAGGAGAAGAUGAAGUUGGCUGUGAAGAAGCUGACCAUCGUGCAGUUCAAGAAGCAACAAAAAUUUUGGCUGUUGAUAUGGAUGCAGAAAGAAAACGGAUAAAAUCAUUAUUACCUAAGCUCUCCUGUGGAGUUAGAAAAAACUUGCAAACUCGAAGGAAACGAAUCGUGGGAGGAAAGCCAGCUCAAGUGGGGGAAUUUCCAUGGCAAGUGGCAAUUAAGCAUGACAAUAGAAUCAACUGUGGGGGAAUUUACAUUGGUGGCUGUUGGGUUCUGACUGCUGCACAUUGUGUCAGAGCCAAUAAAGCUCACCAGUACCAAAUAUGGACAGGAUUGCUAAAUUGGAUAGUACCGAACUCUGAGCUAAUAGUUGAAUUAGUGAAUAAAAUUAUUAUCCAUGAAAACUACAAUGGAACCACCUACCAAAAUGACAUAGCUUUGAUUGAAAUGAAAAAACGUCCAAGCCAAAAACAGUGUGAUCUCCCUAAUUCCGUACCUGCCUGCCUCCCCUGGUCUCCAUAUCUAUUUCAACCUAAUGAGAGAUGCAUCAUUUCUGGCUGGGGUCGAGAAAAAGAUAAUCAAAAAGUCUACUCACUUAGUUGGGGUGAAGUUAACCUUUUAAGCAACUGCUCUAAGUUUUAUGGAGAUCGCUUCUAUGAAAAAGAAAUGGAAUGUGCAGGUACAAAUGAUGGUUCCAUUGAUGCCUGUAAAGGAGACUCUGGAGGCCCCUUAGUCUGUAAGGAUAUCAACAAUGUGACCUACGUUUGGGGCAUUGUGAGUUGGGGUGAAAACUGUGGAAAACCAGAGUUCCCAGGUGUUUAUACCAAAGUGGCUAAUUAUUUUGACUGGAUUAGUUAUCAUGUGGGAAGGUCUCUUAUUUCUAGGUAUAAUAUAUAAGAUUGUGAUCUUCCUUUUUUGCCCUUUAUCUCUCAGGAGUUCCAUUUUAAUUGAAAGUAAGCUGUAUAAUCAGUGCUUCUGUAGGGGAAAAAUUGAAGCAAAUCUUAUCGGAUAUUUUAAAAUAUCUUUAUAGUGUUCAUGCUGUGUUGGAGUUUUACUGUACAGUUUUCAAAUAAAUAUUUUGAUCAAGCAUA